UUUGUUCAACACCGAAAACACGACGUUGCACUGGAAUGUCUAACAUUUGCGUAAUAUUUUAAUCAGCCAUGGGCCUUCAAGUUGUAGUCAGUGCAGCCGCCACCCCAAACAGCAAUACAGCUGGAGAGGACGCUCUCAAUGGUGCCACGGAACCUGGCGCUGCUCACUCUCUCCACCACAGCACCGUCGAUGGUCAGCGGCAGGUGUUGGGUGUGACCCUUCCGGAAGUCAUCAACAAUCUCCUUGGUCUUGUCAACGUUCAGCAGGAGGUUGUUGUCCCUGCACCACGUGAUCGGAAGGUCAACCUCCAGCCUGUAUUGAGUCUCGUCUCCCUUGGUGAUGAGACCCACCAGAGUCGUGUCGUGAGCAAAUUUCACUAUGCGGUUGUCGCUGUGAGUUGCAGUGCAGUCAUGCGUCAGGAGGGUGAAGAGUAGCGGACUGAGCACGCAGCCUUGGGGGGCCUCUGUGCUCAGCGUGAUGCUGGCGGAGAUUUUGUCACCAACACGUACCACCUGUGGCCUCUGACAGAGGAAGUCCAGUAGCCAGUUGGAGAGGUGGGUGAGGGCUGAGUGGAGGGCAGAGAAGAUGGCAUCCUCAGAGGACCGUUUGGCUCGUAAAUAGAAAAACUAACACGCGUCUCGACUCCUUCUGGACCGGUUGGUGCAACUUCCCUCGUGUGUGCCAGGCUGCCGCCUCCUGCACUUGAACUCCGGCACAUCCACAGUGAUGAACAUUGCUCAUAGGCACGCCCUGCGCUGUCCCAACUCUUGGACACGAAUCAACACGGAGCGGACUCCGACACGAAACGUACACCAGGUUGCCGGGAAAACACGGAGUGGAAUUUGUCAACACGGAAUGGACUCACUCCAACACGGAGCGGACCCCGGGUGGCAAGGACAACACAAAGUGGAUUUCACUCCAACACAGAGUGGACUGCACUUCAUGUGGCACAGAAAACGCCCCCUACCUAAACACAGCCCCACAGCCACAAUCAAAAUGGAUCUCCUCAAAAUCCAAGCACUCACCCGUAAAUCAUCAUUUAUUCACGACCUCACCCUGGACAAAGGCUUAAGCACAAUGUGCCUGAUUGAGACCUGGCAACCACCGGAUGUCUAUCAAUCCCUCAAUGAAGCCUGUCCCUCUGGUUAUAAAUACAUACGUAACUGCAUAACAUACAGCUGCAGAGGCCGUGAGAGAGCGGAGGCUUCGUGGUCGUUUGUAUACCGUCGAUCAUCAGACACAAAGUAUAGCUGCGGAUCAAGAGACACCUUCAAGUUCCUGGGAACCACAAUCUCUCGGGACCUGAAAUGGACCGGCCACAUAGACUCUGUCCGGAAGAAGGCCCAGCAGAGGCUGUACUUCCUGAGACAGCUAAAGAAGUUCAACCUGCCGCGAGAGCUUCUGAAGACCUUCUACACUGCCAUCAUCCAGUCUGUCCUCUCCACCUCCAUCACUGCCUAGUUUGGAUCGGCCUCCAAACAAGACAAGCACAGACUGCAACGGACAAUCAGGACUGCAGAAAAGAUAAUUAGAAUCAACUUCCCAUCUAUCCAAGACUUGUACCUGUCCAGGACCAGGAAACGUGCAAGGAACAUCUCUACAGACCCUUCUCACCCAGGUUGCAGUCUCGUAACACGCAACAAUGCCGCAGCCCAGGAUUUUGCUGGUGGUAACCGGGGAUGAUUUUGGUUAUUGUCCCAAGAGGAAUCAGGGGAUUGUCGACUGCUUCAAGGCUGGAGGCAUUUCCUCUGUGUCACUGCUGGUUAAUGCAUCUGCUGCCAAAGAUGCAGCAGAUUUGGCCAAAAGACACAGCAUCCCAAUUGGGCUCCAUGCCAACCUAUCAGAAGGUAUACCUGUGUGUCAGAGCCUCCGAGCAGCCUCUACACUCGUCAACGAGCGUGGUUUCUUCCAUGGAAAGAUGGGCUUCCGUCAGGCACUGGAACGACAUCAGCUAAGCAUGGAACAGGUGGAGCUAGAGCUGAAGGACCAGAUCAGGCUUUUCAGAGAACUGACAGGUCACCUGCCUUAUCAUAUGGAUGGACAUCAACAUGUUCAUAUAUUGCAAGAGGUGCGCGAGGUGUUUGCACAGGUCCUGUCAGAUCACAGAAUUCCAUAUACUCGUGUUCCAGUGGAGCCAGGUUUACACAGCUGCCAAUGGCUGCCAGCACAUCUUAAAAGUUUCUACGCACAGGUGGAGAAAGACGCUCUUGACUCCAUCCCUGUUUUCAAGCGUUAUGGAAUAAGAUGGCCAGACGUGUACCUGGGACUGACCACAGUAGGCCGGAACAUGUCUGUCUUCAACCUUCGGCUGGCCCUGAGCCAUACCUUCAGUAUGUCCUCCUGUGUUGCGUCAAGUCCUGAAGAACGGGUGGUCACAGCAGAACUCAUGGUACACCCAGGUUACCCCAGUCAUUCACAAAAAGGUGGCUGUGGAGAAGGACCAGAUGAGUUCUCCCAGUCAGAUGAUAGGCAACAUGAGCUCAGUGUGCUUACUGACUUGUCACUGCUUGAUAUGUACCGCAAGGAAAGAGUACAACUCUGUUCUUUUAAAGAUUUUUGAGAAUAUGCCUUCAGUAUGCAUUUGUGAAUUUGUGAUCCACACCAGUUGAAUUUGCUGGCAAAAUUAACCUUUAACUUUUUCGUUCCAAAUUACAUUGACAGUUGUUACUCUUAAUAGUAUAUUAAAAAUUUCUUACAACCUUAAAA